CCUACCUCCGCUCCGCCUCCCUCCCGCCGCGCCGCCCAUCGCCGCCGCCGCCGCCGCGCUGCGGCCUGCGGCUCUGUUGAUCCCACGUCACUCCCGCUGACGUCGACGCCGACCAAGUUCGGAGACGGCCGGUUCUCCGAUGGCACAGGCCUCGUCCGCCGCUGCGUUGCUCCGGCGUCUCAGGCGCCACCGCACUGGCCCCGCCGCCGCCGCGGCGCUUCUCCCUCGCCGCCUCAUCUCCUCGGAUCCCGUGCCCGCUUCCUCCUCGCUUGGUGCGCUGCCCGGUCCGAGCCACCUCUUGGGAGACGGUGGAGGAAGCGGCUGCGGCCACUCCGCUUGUUCCGCCUCCCACCCGCGCUCCCGGUUUCCUCGGCGGCAGCAUGCGGCUGCUAUGGCUACCAGGGCGGUGCACCAAGCAGCUUCGAGCUCCGAGUGCCCUGCGGCGGCGGCGUCAAGUGAGGCUAGAACUAGCACUACCACUGUUGCUUCGCAGUCUGAGAUCGUCGAUUUCAUCAAGUCGACGUUUGGAAAGCUUGAAGGACAAAAUCACUGUUGGUUGAACACCAUGAAUGACAUUUGGAGGAACAUGAAUGAAGAAGGAAUAUAUCUUGUUCUCUUAUAUCAAUCUUGUGGAACAUUAAACAUCAGCAGCAAUCAUUCAGUUGCUUUUGAGAGAUUGAAAUAUCUGCAACAGAGGUAUCCACGCUUGAAUGUUUUUGCUGUGCAACAUGGGAGUGAUAUUACUUCCUUAGCUGCUCAAAGCCAAGCAGUCCAUACGAUAGCUACGGAGUACAUUGCAUUUCCUAUCUUGAUGAUAGACAAAGACUUCUCCAAUAUGACAAAUGGUGCUUGCUACUUGCUAUUUGAAGGUUCUAAGGACCCUAUGCUAUUCACAAAUUGGGUUGAGGAGCCUGAUGUCAUUAUUAAGGCCAUAGAGGAACUUAGUCUGUUGAAAGAACCUUCUGAAAAUGUUCUAUCAAGAGUUUCUUGGCAGAAAGAAGAUGUUGUCAGAGAGCCAUAUGUUGGUUCCUUCAGAAACCUGUUACUUAACCACCCAGCAUGCAUAUCAGUUGAUGAAGAUGGGAAUCGUAUUUUUAUCUCUGACAGUAACCAUCAUAGGAUCAUCAUUAGCAACAGCGAUGGGAUGAUUUUAGACUGUAUUGGAUCUUCCCCAGGCUUUGAGGAUGGCGAGUUUGAAUCAGCCAAGUUCUUGCGCCCAGCGUCAUCAUUUUACCAUGCUGAUGAAGACUGUCUAUAUAUUGUAGAUUCGGAGAAUCACGCUGUCAGAAAAGCAGAUUUAGGAAGGAGGACUUUAGAAACAGUUUAUCCAGUGUCUAAUAAAAGCAGUGGCAUUUGGAGUUGGAUUACUGAUAAGCUUGGUUUGAGAAAAGAAAUUGCUCCAACUAUUCAAGAUUUUGAUGCAGACUUAGUAGCACUUCCAUGGCAUUUGAUACAGAUUUCAGAGGAUGACUUAUUAGUUGCAGACCGCAGCUUUGAAAGUCCAUGGAUCUUGAGAAUAUCAACUGGCGAGAAACAGGAUAUUGGAAGAGCUGAAGUAAUGGAGUCAUAUCAGCAAACAGUAAAUGAGAGGUUUUCCCUUCUUAAGGAUAUACACACGAAUCGUUCAUCAACUGCUAAGGAACUUUCUGAUCUGUUGGAGAAGGUCACCAGCAAGGAACUUGUAUCGUCAGUCUCAAGAUUUCAUAAUUAUAUUAUAUUUGGUGAUACAGAUGGUCAGAGGGUUCUGAAGCAUGACUUGGAUACCAAGAACACCUCAAAUAUUAAUUUCUCUAACUGUGAGGUCCUUGGUUUGCCAUAUUGGUCUAUUUGCAAUCUUGAGAGAGUAUCAACCUGGGGUCGUUCAACUGAACAAUUUGAGGAGCAUGUCCGUCAAGUAGACGUGCUUCCUGGAAGAUGCAAUAUCACGGUCUACAUAGACAUUCCAGCUGACACUGAACUUGCUGCACCUUUGGCUGAGAAUUGUAUCUGUCGCCAAGUGAGGGGAUCUGGUGCUGAGGUCUCUGGUUCUGAUGGACCCGACACGCCCACAGAAAAGGUUGGUAUCGCACAGCAGUGGUACGAUGAGCUGGACAACCUAGCCUUCUCUGAAGUCGCCCAGGAACCUACUACUGCACAUGGAGGCGAUGACAAACCCGCUGAUCAAAGCUACCAAGACCAGAGAAGAGUGCAGUUCACCUGUGCGGUGAAUGUCAGCCCUGGGACAUGUGAGCUGGUGGCCUCUGCUGCGCUGUACCUGAAGCUUGCGAGGGCGACCGACGAUCGCGCGGAUCAGGAAGCCCUUGUCAAGCAGAUCAUGUGCUGCCAGCGCCGCGAGGAGCACGCCUGCGUGGAGCUGCUGAUGGGUAGCCGCGGGGACGCGAGAGACCUGGUGGUGAUGAAGCCCGUUCACCUGCGGCUGCGGCUGGAGUGCGGCGACCAUCCUGCCGGCGCCACCAACAAGGAGACCAUCAGCACCGAGUCUCGCCUCAAGAUCAACGUCUCUUUGGACUAGGGGCUCUGAUUUUGAUUUUUGUUUUUUUUCCUGGGUAGGUGUCUGUCAUGGCACGCACCACAUCUGCCGCUACGUACAUUGCUGGAGGGAGUCGUGACGGAGGCUCUUGUCGGUGUGGAAAGGAACAGCAUGACACGUUGCGUAGUUUAGUAUCCACAUGAUGAAACAUUUCAGUCGAGAUCAGUGGAAAUUAAAUAGAAGCCAAGAAAAUCGUCCCGAGAAAAGUUCGGAACAAACGCUA